ACAGUAUCCACUCUCACUGUUGUCGUCACUGAGGUCAGGUAGACGGAGCGAAGAUGGCGACCGCCUACGAGAGAUACAAUUUGCACACGACCCCAGAGAAGUUCUACAUCGAGGCCUGUGAUGAGGGGGCUGAUGCUGUGCUGGCCAUCGACAGGGUCUCCAAUGAGAUGACCCUCACAGGCAAAAAAGAUGUCCCCCCCUCUGCGGUCACCAGGCCUAUAUGCGGCAUCAUGGGAACCAUCCGUCUGGUAGCAGGGAUGUACCUGAUCGUCAUCACCAGGAAGAGGAAUGUGGGCAGCCUGCUGGGCCACUCUGUGUGGAAGGCUGUGGACUUUGACGUGAUCUCCUACAAGAAGACAGUGCUGCAUCUCUCAGAGAUCCAGUCUCAGGAGAACAAGACCUUCCUGUCCAUGAUUAAUAAUGUGCUGACUACAGACGGCUUCUACUUCUGCACCGACUACGACCUGACACACACACUGCAGAGGCUCUCCAACACCAGCCCCGACUUCCAGGAGAUGAGUCUGCUGGAGAGGGCAGAUCAGAGGUUUGUGUGGAACGGGAACCUCCUGAGAGAACUGGCUGCGCAGCCUGAGCUUCACAAGUUUGCACUUCCUGUUGUCCAUGGAUUCAUCGUCAUGAAGCCGUGUCGAAUCAACGGGAAGAUCUUCGAGUGGAUCCUCAUCUCCAGGAGAAGCUGCUUCCGGGCCGGCGUCAGAUACUACGUCAGAGGCAUCGACUCUGAGGGCCACGCUGCUAACUUUGUGGAGACGGAGCAGAUCGUUUUGUAUGAGGGAGCAAAGGCUUCAUUUAUACAGACUCGAGGCUCCAUGCCCUUCUACUGGAGUCAGAGGCCCAACCUGAAAUACAAACCUAAACCUAUAAUCAGCAAAACCACUAAUCACAUGGAUGGUUUCCAGAGGCAUUUCGACUCUCAGCUGCUUAUCUAUGGGAAGCAAACCCUUCUGAACCUGGUGAAUCAGAAAGGCUCAGAGAAGCCUCUAGAACAGGCCUUUGAUAAGAUGGUGUCUGGCAUGAACAACGGUAUGCUCAACUAUAUAGCCUUCGACUUCCACAAGGAGUGCAGCGCCAUGAGAUGGGAGCGUCUGCAGAUCUUAGUGGACCUUGUUGCUGAGACACAAGAUGAAUACAGUUACUUCAUGGUGACCUCGGAGGGGAAGACGGUGGCCCAGCAGAGAGGAGUGUUCCGCAGCAACUGCAUGGACUGCCUGGACCGCACCAACGUGAUCCAGAGCCUGCUGGCCCGCCGCUCCCUGCAGUCUCAGCUGCAGAGGAUGGGCGUCCUGAAUGUGGGUCAGCGGAUUGAGGAGCAGGCUGAGUUUGAGAAGAUCUACAAGAACGCAUGGGCUGACAAUGCCAAUGCAUGCGCUGUACAGUACGCAGGGACCGGAGCUCUGAAAACAGACUUCACCAGGACGGGGAAGAGGACCAGGCUGGGGCUGCUGAUGGACGGCUGGAACUCCAUGAUCCGCUACUACAAGAACAACUUCUCUGAUGGAUUCAGACAGGACUCCAUUGACCUCUUUCUGGGUAACUUUGCUGUGGAUGAGUCUGAUGGACCCACUCCUCUCCGUGUGCAGAAGGACUGGAAGUUCCUCACGCUGCCCAUCGUCAUGCUGGUGGCCUUCUCCAUGUGCAUCGUCUGUCUGCUCAUGGCGGGCGACACAUGGACAGAGACCCUGGCCUACGUGAUGUUCUGGGGGGCUGCCAGCGCCAUCACAGCCACCAUCAUCCUGUUUAACGGCCAAGACUUUGUGGACUCCCCUAAACUGGUUCACAAGGAGAAGCUGGACUGACUGAGUGUGUGUGAGUGUGUGUGUGUGUGUGAGGAGUAUCUGGGCUCAGCAGGUUCACAUAGCUCUCAAUGUCCACCGUCUCCUGAUCUGCUGCCUCCUUACUGCCCUCCAGACUUUCUCCUUCAGAACCUUUCUCUGCCAUUUGUCUACAACAUGUUUCCCUCCUGCAGUGGGACUGACACUCUCCUUCACUCAGCCCACAUCUCUUACAUUCCUCAUACUGGAUCGUUACGUUGGUUUUGUCUGCGCUAGGUUUACAGUUUUGUCUGUCGGUCCACUCCAAAACUAAUUAUUUUAACACUACUCACAAUUUUCUUAUUUGUUUACGUUUCUUAGGUUUAAAUCUGUAUAAAUGUCAUAAUAAGCAUUUUCAAUUCUGCAUAAGGACACCCAUUUGAGGUUAAAGGUGUUUUCAGUGAUUCUAAAUCCAUGUACAGUAAGGUUUUUGGAGCUAUGCUGGAACUACAUGACGUCCGCAAACUCUACAUACUAAUGAAUAUGAUGCAGGUUGUCAGAUGAUCCAGUUUUAAUAUUGAUUAAUGCAUCUUUAAAGAUACAAAAAAUGUCCCUCAAUAAUGAUUUAUGAAUGUCAAUUAACCCCAGUCAGUCCCUCUCUGAGCACUUAAACAUUAUUGAAAAGUAUAUGUUGUCUGUAACUGAUGAGUCUAUACAGAAUGCCUGUUAGAGUUUUGAAUGUAACAAGCCUUACCAACUUGCAUAUGAAGUAUAAAUGUGUGACUAAUACAUGUGUUACUGGGGUGAACCAAUGUCUUCCUGUCAAGCUAACAUGGGACAGUAUUUAUUGUGAUGUUGCACUUUGACAUGUACUCAUGUGUGUUGUUGUUCCAGACCCCUGCAUCUCGGCGCACAUUUUCUAUUUGUUUUCCGGGAUAGAAAUAGGUCUGGUUGGUCCUUGUUCAGGUUUUUUUGUUACUGUGGAAGAAACAUUUGUAUAGCUCUCUCUGUAAGAUUAACAGACAACACCAUGUGUUUAUGGAGGCAUAGAGCUACGUCAAAAGAUUCACCAACCACCACCAGACAUUCAGAAACUUUUAAAUACAGUAGUUCUGCUGUCGAUACAGUGGUGCAGUGAUGACCUAUUUGUGUUGGCCGGACCGGAAGAUAGCAUCGCAAGAGCUACCUUGCAUUUGAUUUUGGAACAUUGAAAAAAAUGUAUAUCUUUGGCAAACACACAUUUAUGAUACACGUUUUGUUUAGCAGGAUAAUCUACACAUAUAACACCACUUUGGUUUUUAAGUGUUAAUGCAAUAACUGGCCAUAAGAAAACUAGCGCUAGGCAAUAAACUAAAUGACAGUCACAUGACUGCACUACAUCACCUCUACGCUAAAGGUUACUAAUGUCCACUGGGAUAGUGUUAAGUAGAGAAAUGUAGACAGAUAGAAGCUUCAGCCAUUUACCAGUGGGGUAUUUACUGAUGUAUUUUAUGUCAUAGAACAAAACAUGAAAAUCUGUUCAGCUUGUGUUAACCACAGACCUUAUUUGAGAUAUCAAAUUGAGGUAACCAAAAACGCAUACAAAAAAACGUACUUUGAGACAAUGGAAGUGGAAGUGCUAAAAAUGUUGACACAUUUCCGAGUUUUAGGGUUCAUCCUGUACCACACCAGACCUGUUUGAGUCUCAUAACAAAUGGCCGAUGCUAGCAGUCAGUCAAAGAUCUGGAACCAGGCUCAGUUGUUUCUAGAAACAAAUGAGCCUGCAGCAGUUUUUAGUGGAAUAUGUUUAGCUGUUUAUCUCCUUGGGUUGAUCUAUGGCUCCAUGCUUUGCUGUGUAACAUCACAGUCUUCACAUUGUGGCUUUAUUCUACUGUUAUCUCCAGAUAUCAGAUGUAGUGUUGUUAUCGAGACUUAAAUGUUUAAUUAUGUCGAGCUCAAAUAAAUUAAAUUGGUAUCUCAGACUUUAGGCAUAUAAGCAUCAACAUGGCUCUCCAAUUGUUUGUUAAUGUUUUCAUUAUUCAGUUUCCCAAAUCCAGCCUUCCAUACCUGCCCAUCAGUGGAAAGACAUUUGAAUUGACAUUUAAAAAUACAAUUUGGCUUCUGGUGUUACUAUAAAUGCCUUUACCAAUCAAAUGUUGGUCACAUAUGCAAGUGGCUAGCGGAUUAGCAUCACUCACCAGGCAAAAGACAAUUUGAAAAUAAAGAUGUCUCAAGCCAGUGGACAAAAAGUACAUUUUGCUUUCGGGUUGACUGUGUAGUUAGAGAAUUGAUCACCAUGCCUUUGUAGUCUCUAUGAUUUCACAUGGAAGCUGUGUGGUGUUAGUUUUUGAUGAUGUGUUUAGGGUCCCUCCAAACAUUAUGUAUCAGAUCAUACCAACGCUUAGUACACGCCACACGGUGAUAUUCAGUCUAUAGUCAAAUGUUUAAUUUACUCGUCAUGCUAGCUUUUAAAGAGGUCAUCUAAUCUUGAUCAGAAAUCUGUGUAACGUGUGCAGUGUGGGUGAAACUGUCAUGGACAUAUCUUUGUAAUUCCUGUACAUUUUAAAUGUAUUUACAGAUGUGAUACGGCAUCAUUUGUGAGUGGUUUUAUCUGGACAUAUAAAGUGUGUUUGGACAUUGUAUCAUUAUAUGAAUUAAAAGAUGAAUUAGUGUCCAUCACACUGUUCAAGGUUCAACAUGUUAUUGAUUUGGUUUUUUGGCUGUGAGUUUUGUUUAUGUUGUAAACAAUAUAAUGGGGCCAAUGACAUAAAACGUGCUUCAUGAAGGUGUUUUAUGAGAUGACUGGCAAACAUUACUACAACACGUAUUCAUUUGGAACCAGGGGACACUAAUGCCACUUUCAGGUUUUUUCUGGGAUUAUUUGUUAGCAAUGUUUAAGGAGUUAGUUCUUCAUGUAAGGAAAUAAUGAAAUCAAAUAUUCAGUCUAAACUGAGCAAUUUAAAUAUCUGUUGAACUUUCUAUCAUUAAUAAAUGGGUUUAAGGUAUAUGUCACACAAACAGAUAUAUUUGUACAGUUUGCAAACCGUGUUGCAGUACAGCUGGUGUUGGUGUUUAUGUCUGAAGGUUGCCCAUUACUGUCAUAUAUUAGGAACAUUGGGAUUGUAUCAUUUUAAAGCCCUCAGAGUCACUGAUUGACUUUCUGUCAGAACAUGUCAAUGAUUGAGUGUUUGUGCUCUUCAGUGAUCUGCUUCCAAAGCACGCUUCAUCCCGUGGUUUCUGUAACUGUCAAUAAACUCCAGUGAAAAGACAUUACCUUAAUGUCACCUUUA